AUGGCCGACGGAACACCGCAAUGGGCAGUGCCUCCUGAGCAGCAGCAACACAGACAGCAGCAAGCUCAGCAGCGUCCUGACUAUGCUGCGCAACGCCCUCCAGCGGCACAAGCAGCACCAACUGCACCUCCGCAAGCCCCACCUUCGGGUGGAGCAGCUGUGGUGAGCCCACCGCCGUCCGCUGGUGCUCCGAAAGUCAAUAAAUUCAACCGCAUUGCCCAAAUGGAAGAGAAAGUCUUGGUGACGCGAACUCGAGAUGAAGAAACAGAAGAUGGUCGCUUAGUCAACAAAGAAGCGAUGACCAAGAUCCGCGAUGCCUGGGUGUACAAGCGAGUCCGUUCUCGUGUCAGGGAAUUUACGUCUUAUAGACAGGCACUUUGCUUUGUCGGCACUUGGAACGUGAACGCGAAGGGAAAAGAAGAGAGUCUCGACGAAUGGAUUUGUGCUGAUUGGGGGCAGAAUGGACAAUAUGCUCCCGAUGUUGUAGCGGUUGGAUUUCAGGAAAUUGUGGAUUUGAAUGCUGUCAAUGUGGCGGUUGACAACAAGACUCAGCAACGAUCUCAAUUCUGGGUCGAGCGUCUGAAUGCUACCUUGAACUCACCAUCUCGGACUCAAAAUGAUCCAAACCGAGGGUACAUCCUGAUGAUGCAGCGCAGUAUGGUUGGAUUGCUGAUCUGCUUGUUUGUCAAAAAUCCCCACAGACAACGGGUCAAAGCUGUAUCAGCCGACUCAGUCGGAGUUGGAGUCAUGGGAAUGAUGGGAAACAAAGGCGGUGUCGCCAUUCGUUUGAACUUUUACGAUUCCACCCUGUGCUUUGUUUGUGCACACAUGGCGGCCCAUCGCGAAAAUGUGGUGGGCCGAAAUGCCGAUUUCAUGAAUGUUUUGAGCAAGGCUACCUUUGAUGUUGGUGAACAAACCGUGCGGGAAAAUAUUCGAAAUGGCAGUCUUAGCCAGUGGGCCUUAGGAUCGGGUUCGCUAGGAAUUGCAGAUCACGAUAUGGUCUUUUGGCUGGGAGAUUUGAAUUAUCGGAUUGAUGAAUCGUUGCCAACUGAGACGGUCUUGUUGCUGGCCGAGAGAGGUGCAAUUGACAAACUCCGAACCUUGGAUCAGCUGAAUAUCGAACGAAGUGAAGGUCGUGUUUUUGAAGGAUUCGAAGAAGGAAUCCUCAGCUUUGUUCCAACGUACAAGUACCAGCCAGGGACGGACAAAUUUGAGCAAAGGCCAGAGAAGAAGUUGCGAGCCCCUGCUUGGUGUGACCGAAUCCUUUGGUCGGCACAGGAGCCUGCCUAUGUGCAACAACUGACGUACAAGCGUAGUGAACGCCCAAAUUGUUCCGAUCACAAGCCGGUAUAUUCGACCUUGCGAUUUACUGUCAAGGAUGUCAAUGCCCAAAGGCGAGAAAGCAUAUAUAAGGAGCUCUUCGCGCUUCUCGAACGCUACGAUAACCGAUCGCUUCCUGCCAUUUCCUUGGACAAGAGCGAAUUGAACUUUGGCGAAGUUAGAUACAAUCAAUCUGUGACAUUGUCUCUACGUAUUGCAAACACUGGUCCCUCAUGUGCCAGCUACAGGUUUGUUCCCAAGAUUGACGAGAGCACUUUGUCCAAGUCAUGGAUGUCCGUCUUUCCAACCUAUGGCAUGCUCGUCCCUGGGGAGCAACCUGGAGUUGUCACUGUGACCGUGACUAUCGACAAUAAUACUGCAAAACUCCUCAAUGCUGGAAGAGAAGUUCUUAAGGACACGCUGAUUCUCCGACUAGAAAAUGGCCGAGAGUACUAUGUUUCAAUCAAGGGUACCUUUGCUAGAUCCUGCUUUGGCAUGAGUCUUGAUCAAUUGGUGCUCUACAAAGACCCUAUUCAUACUAUUGCAUUGGAUGCUAUCCAACGUGCUGAACAAUUUCCUAACGAAAAUGAAGUCAGUCCAUCCAAUGCUUUGUGCAUACCAAAAGAGCUUUGGCGGCUUGUCGAUGCAAUGUACGAGAAAGGCUUAUCAACGCCAGAUCUUUUCACCAAUCAUGGUAAUCCAGAAGAAGUGGUGAUUAUACGCGAAGCUUUGGAUUCAGGUUCUGCCUUUGGCGUUUUCUCUAUCCAUUCUUACGCUGAAGCAUUCACAUCUUUCUUGACAUCGUUGUCAGCUCCCGUCAUUCCAACGACAGUAUUUCCGAACACCGAAAUCAACGCAGAAAAUAUUCAAGCAAUGACGAGAAGGCUGCUGGAAGAAUUGCCUCCCAUCCACUACAACGUCUUGGUCUACAUUAUAUCAUUCUUCCGUGAAGUUCUUUUGCAUAGUGAGAAGAACCAUCUGACAGCCGCAAAACUUGCCCAUAUUUGUUUGAAGCACUGUGCUCCGGCUGAUGUUGUCAUGGAUUCUGCCAUGAUGCAACGACGAGCUGGUAUGAGCCUAAUUUUGAUCCAUUUGCUAGUUACAAGUUCAAUCUAA